AUGACCUCUGCGACGCAGCACCGUGGCGGCACCCUCCUCCUGCUGCCCGCCGUCCUCCUCUUGGCCUCGUCGUUGGCGACGACAACGCGCGCCGCGGCGGCCGCCGGCAGCUGCGCGGACGAUGACAAGCUCCCCGCGAACAGGAGCUACGCGCACUGCGCCGCGCUCGCGCAGCUCGGCGCCACGCUGCACUGGACCUACGACGCCAAGACCGCGCUGCUGUCCCUGGCGUUCGUGGCCAAGGCGCCGGCGGGCGCCGACGGCGGCGGCGGGUGGGUGUCGUGGGCGCUCAACCCCACGGGCGACGGCAUGAAGGGCGCGCAGGCGCUCGUCGCCUUCAAGCGCGGCAACCCGCCGGCGUACGUCGUCAACACCUACAACCUCACCGGCCACCGCGCGCUCGGCGCGGACCCGACGCCCAUCGCGUAUAAGGCCAUGGACCUCGCUGCCGACGAGAGCGCCGGGAAGGUGCUCCUCUACGGCAAGCUGCAGCUGCACCAGGGGAUGGAAAUUGUGAACCACAUCUGGAACAUGGGGUCCACCGUGGCCGGCGGUGCGCCGGUUAAGCACGCGCUGGCCGAGGAGAAUCUGGACGCCAGGGGCAGGCUCUUGCUCUCGGGCGGCAGCGUGCUCGGGCCGGCGCCGGAGCCGCCAACGGCAGCACCGGCGCCCGGCGGCUCGUCAGCUAAGAACAGCAGCGGAGGCGUUGCCCCGUCUGUUUCUAAGCCGACGGGGGAGGCGGCGGCCACUUACAUUUCUGCUCCGGUGCUCAUGCUUCUGGCAUUCGCGGGCUUCUUGGCAAUUGCCUGAGCCUUCGAAUGGCGUUGCAUUGUCAUCGGGAAAGGACGUCCACCGUCGCGUAAGCAGUUCUUGUGGACAAUAGAGUGGAAAUGGUAGUGACG